GUACUUGACGAUCAAAGGGAUGGGUCGACGAGUUGAGUAUUACACCACAAAAGAUAGAGCACGAGUUAAGAGGUCAUUCAUUCCAUAUAAAACAGGAUAUUACAAAUAUACACAAGAAAGUUUUCUAUCCUUAGUACCACUCUGUAUAUUGUCAUGUUCAUUGAUAUCCUGAAGUGAUGUUGCUCUCUUUAUCGAUAGGAGGCCCAAAAAGGGGUAGCGCGCUUUUAGCGAGGUGACAGGGGUCCGGAAGCUAUCAAUACACCCUGCAGUCACAAAGCACACAUCAUCACCAUGCCUCGGGCCUCCAUGGAAGGUUUGUCACGCAAUGAGAGAAUCUGGUUUAAGAAUCGACAUAGGGGCUCAGCCGGUUGAUCAUCUUCCAACGCCCAGCUUAUCCCCUCUUUCGGGAAGAUCCUCCCCCACUGCUUUGAACAACCCCGGGGUUCCGCAGAGCAGCGGCGUUAACGAUGGAGCCUCGGAUACGAACGACACGCUGAACCCGAGGGGUCAUACCAGCGGAUAUCCCACGAGUGACGAAGCGAUACUUUCGGAUACGAGUGAACGAUCACGACCGGUUCCGCAGAUUAGACGACCUGGGGAUGGCAGGAGGAAGAGUAGUGUCUCCGACCACGACAAAAUCCUCAAACUCAGUCCGAAGCAGAUCUUCGAGCUCACGAACGAACCUGCGAGUAUACCUGUGCGCGCCGCGACCCCGAUUCUAGAGGAUGCGUCUGAAGAACAGGCCCCGGAAGAGAAUAGUGUUGGCUUGGGGGUACAUUCAGACCAUGGUGUCAACGGGAAGAUGAGGAGCUCCUCCAGGACUCGGGAGUCAAAACCAGCGAAGGAAGUUGUCGCUAUCAAGGGGCAGUCUUCCGAAAUGAAGUACAAUAGGCCUGCGCCUAUCGCAAGAUCUUCCACUACGCCUAUCAUGCGGAGAACGCGAUCAAACCAAAGAUCGCAGGCGCCAUCGAAUACAUACGAGGGCGAGGAGAGACGGCCAGGCAAGGACACUCGCGAUCCAAGAGAGACAUUGAAAUCACCGCCCCAGGAAAGGAUACGAGAUGUCCCAUCGCCGAUUCCAACUUCCAUGCCUUUACCGCCCAUGUCUAUGCCAUCGUUUCUUUCACUGGAAUUAUCCUCUGCCAGGCCUUCUCCGCUAUACAUAUACCGGUCAUCUGCUUCCGAUUUCCCAUACGAAUCCUCCAAAAUCAAAUACGAGCGUCUGCUCAAUUUUCUAUUUCUUCCUGCCAAACUAGAGGGCAUACUGGCGUUUGGAGCUUUUGCUUGUUUAGACGCAUGGAUGCAUGUUCUUACCAUUCUACCACUACGCUUUGUCAUCGCAGUUUGGAUACUGGUCAAGUGGUGGUUCUCGGUCGUUAUAAAAGAGGUUCGGGAUAUUUCCAACUUUGUAUACAGUGGACUUCCUAGAGUAUGGAAAAGAAGAAGGAAUACAGAUGCUCCAACGCCUGUUAUGAGCACCCCUGCUGAUGAGGAGCCACCGCCACGGUCACGCAGGCCUUCCAUUACUAUCGAUACUUCAUCCAACCCUACUUCUUCUACUUCGGCAAGAGAAAAUAGCCACGGCAUGGCCACAUUCAGAUUCCCUGACCCCAGACAGCUUCCUGCAAAGCGGAUGCGCAACCGGUAUCGUCAUCGUAGGACCAAGUCGACGCCUUCUGCUCUCCUUCCUAGCCAUAAAGCCGAUAUAUUGAAAGGACUGUUGGUUAUUUCGAGCUGCGCUGUCCUGAUGCGUUUUGAUGCUAGCAGGAUGUAUCACGGAAUACGCGGUCAGUCCGCCAUCAAGCUAUACGUGAUAUACAACGUUCUCGAGGUCUGCGAUCGACUGCUAUCUGCUCUUGGACAAGAUGUCUUGGAAUGUCUGUUCUCCCGUGAGACACUCGAUCGAAACGCAGAUGGCCGAAGCAAGGUUCUACGACCUUUCUGGAUGUUCAUGCUUGCACUCGUAUACAAUGUCGCUCAUGCGACGGCUCUCUUCUACCAAGUCAUCACCCUCAACGUGGCAGUCAACUCUUAUUCAAACGCUCUUUUGACACUUCUCAUGUCCAAUCAAUUUGUUGAGAUCAAAGGAACUGUAUUCAAAAGGUUUGAGAAAGAGAAUCUAUUUCAAAUCACAUGUUCCGACAUCGUCGAGCGUUUCCAGCUAUGGCUCAUGCUACUAAUUAUUGCAAUGCGCAAUAUAGUCGAAGUGGGUGGCCUCAGCUUUUCUUCUCCCUCGUUCUUUUCAACUGGACUUGGGGGAGGCAGCGCCAAUGCCACAGCGUCUGCCCCUUUGACAGCAAGUAGCAUACUGCCAAUGAGCUUUACCAUCUUCCCAAAGUGGAUUGGGCAAGUGCUGAAUCCAUUCUUGCUAGUUCUGGGCAGUGAAAUGGCAGUAGAUUGGUUGAAGCAUGCAUAUAUUACUAAAUUCAACCUCACCAAACCGGAGAUCUACGGGAAGUUCUUGGAUGUGCUGGCGAAGGACUACUACUCUGAUGCCUUCACAGACCAGACUCUGACCCGACGUCUCGGUCUACCAGUACUCCCUUUAGCAUGCCUCUUCAUUAGGGCUGCCAUCCAAACCUACCACAUGUUCCUAGCAACCCACAUGCCACUUCCCUUCCCAGCCUCCAGCACAUCCCUCUCAUCAGACGCACCUCCCACAUCCUCCCCAGCCCUCGCGCACAUUGACCAAAUCUUCCGCCGCGCCCUCGGCCGCAGUACCUUCGGCGCAGGCGGCUCCUCUUUCCCGACUUCCCCAACCCAACAACCCUGGUGGAACCCCAACAGCUGGAACUUUGACGAUGCAAUCGCCGCCAGCACCAUGCUCACUGUCUUCUUGAUCGCAUACCUCUUCUUCCUAGCCUUCAAGCUCAUCCUCGGCAUGUGUCUUCUCAAGGUUGCGCGCGGUCGGUACGCUAAUAUGAAAGAGCGCGAGCGCGCUGGUGUCGAUGUCGGUGGGAAGUACAUUGGCGGAUGGGGCGUUGUGGAUGUUGAUGAGGAGAAGCGAAAGUGGAUUUACAACGACGAUCCCGAGGCGCUGAAGCGGCUGAGGGAGCGUGAUGAGAAGGAGAAGGCGAGGAUUGAAAAGGAGAGGGAGAGGGGGACUAGCUUUGGACAUGUAGAGAGGUAUGCCAUGGUUGCCAAGCGGAUUUGGUAGAUGAGGUGAUGGAAAGUGCGGAUAUAUUUCCUUGCCAUGAUUGUUGUUUGGGAUCUAGAUUAUUGUUUAUUGGGAUACCCUCUUCAUGCUUUACCGUGUAGACUUGCGUGAAUUCCGAAUUUCUUUUCUAUUUUUUUCUUGGAGAAUGGCAAAAGCUUCUUUCUUUUCACUUCCACUACAUUGUAGCAUACCUACGUAUCUUUACAAUACCCAUAUUGUGCGCAAGUACAAUCUGGAAAAGAUAUAAAAAAAAAAUUGGUAGCACCUAACAUUCAUGAAUUCUGGAUUGUCAAUCCCUCCUCCUAUGAAUCGAAAAUAUUCUGAUGCGUUGUGGCACCCAGAAUCUCUGAAAUCUGGAAUCUCCAAAUAAUCCGCAACGUGC